AUGGGGACGCUCGACGCAGCCAUGUACCCACACCUCGUGGACGCCAUAUUCGCGCACGCAGAUGCGCGCGCGCUCCUGCAUCUCCGAACCGCCAACCGCGGCUGGUGCCACCGGGCGAACACCCUUCUCUGCGUACACUUGGUCUUCUUCGGCUCAGGCGUCGUCGGCGCGGUCGCAUACGGGUCCAUGAUCCGACAUCCUGCCUUCCACGCCUUCUUCGACGGAACAACCGUCGACUGGAGAGAUGCAACGGGAGCUCAUCGGGUUGUCGACCUCGUGGGGUCGGGAGAGGAGUACACUACGCCAACCGGGUUCUUCGACACCGCACCCCCUGUAAUGCGUAUGUGGGAGAACUGCUGUGACGAUGAUUACCGUUCCGAGCCGUACGCUGCAGCGGAGACGGUCGUCGUGUUUGCAUGGCGGAGCGUCCCUUUCGCCGAUCCCGGCUGGGGAAGCACAGGUCCCACCACCGAAUUGGGGUCCCCUGAUGACGGGAGCGGGGAUUCCACAGUCGCAGGAAGUGAGGAAGACGACGUGUCGGAGGACGAGGACCACUACACCCCCAUCAAUUACCUAGGCGUGGGGACCCGCAAGCUCGUUAUCAACCUGUCUUCAGCAUCGUCCAUCCCCAGCGAACUGGAAUUUCAGGUGGCGACCUUCGCCGCCGACUGGGUUGAAAGUUGCGAGACGUUGGAGGAGAUUGUGCUCAUCCUCGUGCUCGACGACCCUCCAACGGAAUUCGACGAGGCCUCGCAGCUCCCGCGACGCUUAAUGGACUCGUUAUUCGCCAUCACUGAGAAUCCAGGGGUCAAGCACACCAUUGUCAACGCCGCCGCGUUCCCAUCCAACUUGCUCCACCUUGUGCCGCAUGAGAACAUCGAGGACAACCAACCCAAAACGUGGGACAAGUUUCAGAACGGCACGUCGCUGCAAGAGUGUGCCGAGUUCUUCUUCCGCGACUUGUUUGGGGGCAGUGAGGACGAGAUGCCAGAAGUCGAAUGGCUCUCGUACGAGGAAUACGAGGCGAGGCCCAAGCCAACGACUCUCACAGCCUUUCCCGAAGCCGAGGUGAAGGGGCCCACGCCACUACCAGUCCGUCAGCUCUCCAUUGUGCUCUUCUUGCGCGUGACGGAGCCGAUCUCCUACCUCGUGUGCUUCCCAUUCAUCAACCAGAUGCUGCUCGACAUUGGGGUAGUGGAUGACCCGCGCCGGGCUGGUUUCUACGCCGGUAUUGUAGAGAGCGUGUUCGCGUUCACCGAGCUCCUCACUGUCUUCCACUGGGGCAAGCUGAGCGACCGGAUAGGCCGCAAGCCUGUACUCCUUAUCGGAUGCGCGUUCAGCGCACUCUCGGCGGCGACGUUCGGCCUCAGCACGUCUUUGGGCAUGCUCGUGGCCACGCGCGCGAUUAACGGCCUCGCGAACGGUAACGUCGCUGUUCUCAAGAGCGUGAUAGGCGAAAUCACGGACGAGAGUAAUCAAGCGCGCGCGUUCAGCUUGUUCCCACUCUCGCUGGCGAUCGGGACCAUUGUCGCUUCCAUGGUGGGCGGAUAUCUCUCCAACAUUACCGUAACCUUUCCGUCACUUGCGGACACGUUGCCGCUCCUGGCUACGCAUCCAUACUUCCUCCCGUCGUUCAUUGCCGGCCUCUUCCCAGCCGUUGGAGGACUGAUCGCCUUGUUCUGGAUGGACGAGACGCUGCCUCCCAAAGAACCCUUCCAUGGUACCGAGGAGGAAGAGCGAACCCUCUCAGCCCUCGAGUUGUUGCGCGACCCAACCAUCUGGCCGCUCAUGUACAGCUUUGCGUUGAUGUCACUCGAGGCUAUCGCAUACCAGGCCCUCCUCCCUCUCUUCUUCUUCACGCCAGUCAACCUCGGCGGACUAGGCUUCACCGAGAUGCAAAUCGGCACGGCACUAAGCCUGCGUGGAAUAGCGACAAUAGGGGUCCAGCUCUUCGCCUUUCCGCCCCUCGUGACCAAGAUGGGCGCAACCCGCCUCUUCCGUAUCCUCAUAGUGCUAUACAUCCCGACCUUCAUACUCCUGCCCUUCCUCAACAUUCUAGCGCGCACCCGCGGCGCUGGGCUCGAGUGGGUCGGUGUGGGCGCCGUCCUCCUCCUCGGCGCAGUGAGCAAUAUGGCCUUCGCCUGUAACCUGAUCAUGACGAACGACGCUGCACCAAAUAACCGCAGUCUCGGCGCCUUGAAUGGCCUCGCAGCGUUCUUCUCAGCCUGUACCCGGGUAGUUGGACCCGGUGCGGCUAACACGCUGUUUGCAUUAAGUGUUGACCGCAACGCGCUGGGCGGCAACCUCAUUUGGGCAGUCAUGGUGGUGGUCGCGCUGGCGGGCUGGCACUCGAGCCUGUUCCUCAAGCGCGAGUAUCGGAAGCGCGCAUGA